UAAAACAUCCGCUUGGAUAAGAAAUAUUUAAAAGAAUUAAAUAACCAGAAUUUUUAUAAGUAGCGAUUUCCUUGAAUUGCUGUGGUAUAUUAAUGUUAUCAAUUCGUCGAACGCAACAAUUAUCACAAGUGACUAAAGAUCUCGCUGUAGGUCAGCUAGGUCGCACAUUAUCUAAUCAUAUUCUUGAAAGUAGCUUAAUUGUAAGACUAUAUUUUCUAAAGAACCGUGAGAAGAAAGAGACGUUUUAAGCAACAUGAAGCUAUCGCUUAUUGUUAUAUUUUGUGUCGGGAUAAUUGUAAUAAGCCACGAAGCAAAUGGAGACGUGGUCGUGGAUCUGUUUGGGAAAAUUCAAGAAUCCGCACAGAAAAUCGGAGACGAUAUCAAGAAUGUUUUUCAAUCGAACAACAAACGAAAUAACCAGUAUCCAAAAGAAUCAGUGAAAGUGUCUAAACCCGAUAACGUAGAUGCUGAUAGGAUAGUUUUUGACAGAUCCGAGGUUACACAGGCCAGUGUGAGCACACCCAAGAGUGUCUCGAAUGGAACAAACGCGAAUGGACAAGAUGGAAGAGAAAAUUUCAGAGGCGCUUGUGCUACUGGGUACCAGCGCACGUCUGAUGGUAGAUGUAAACCUACUUUUUAAUUUUGGUGAUUGUUUUAAAUGCAUUUUAUGAAACAAAACAUUUUGUAUAACACGUCGAUGUGAAUCUUACGAUUUACGUAUCAAGAGUAUCUUCAAAGCACAAAAGGUAUAAAAUAUAUAAGCAAGUUUAUUCUCUUUUAAACGUGCUGUAGUUAAUGUUAAUUUACUUUAUUAAACGUAUCAGAUACAAAGUAUUGUUUCGGACUU